AUGUCUGCCGUUGGUACAAUCAAGGGCAACAUGCCGCAACAAGUUCGAUCACUUUACCGCCAGCUAUUACGGCAAGGGUCGCAGUUCCAAGCGUACAACUUCCGCGAGUAUGCGAAGAGACGGACGAGAGAUGCCUUCAGAGAGCACCAGGGCGAGCAGGAUGCCCGCAAGGUGCAGGAAUUGGUUCAGCACGGAAUUAAGGAGCUCCAGGGUUUGAAGCGACAAACAGUCAUUAGCCAGUUUUACCAGAUCGACCGGUUAGUCGUCGAGGGAGGAAUCUCGGGCAAGCAGACUGGCAACAACCAAGAAAUCUUGAGACAGAAGGAACAGGGUUACGACUAA